AUGGUAUUCCCCCGCAUUAGCCUCCGUUGCAAGUUGGAGUUCCAGUCUGAUACCGAGAACACGAAAAUGUUGGAACAGUUUAGAAAGCUGAAAGCACAUUAUGGUCGUUUUCCUGAUCUUAUGUGCGACAAUUACAGACCUCUACAGCCACUGAAGGGACUGUAUGGCCCACCGGACUGGCACAAGGGAUGGGAGGACUGCGGCCAUGACCACCAAUCCCCAAUUAACAUCGACACAAGUAAAGUGGUAAACAAGGACUAUCGUGAUCUGAAAAUAACCUUCGACAACCAGGGGGGCCUGGUCACGGGAGAGCUCGAAAACACUGGUCACUCGCCUACUUUAAAUAUUGACAAGUCCAAAGGAACAGCUGAAAUAACAGGGGGUCCCCUGGGGGACACCACCUACACACUGAAUCAGUUCCAUGUUCACUUUGGCUGUGAAAACAGCCGUGGAUCUGAGCACACUUUAAACGGGAAGCAGUUCGCUGGCCAGCCCUCUUCAAGUGGAAACCCAAUUUUAGGAAAGUUUGCAAAUUUGCUUCCUAACAUCAUUGAAGUUGGGCCGAGCAAGGAAGUAGAUAAGUCUGACGGUAUUCGUUUGAUGGGGCUUCUACCCAACAACAACAACAAUAGAAGCAAUGGAGGCAAUGGAGACUACUUCCACUACAAGGGAUCCCUUACCACCCCUCCCUGUUAUGAAACAGUAAAGUGGCUGGUUCUAAAACCCAAGCUUCGAGCCUCUAACAAUCAGUUGGGAGAGUUUAGAAAGCUGAAAGCACACUAUGGUCGUUUUCCUGAUCUUAUGUGCGACAAUUACAGACCUCUACAGCUGCUAAAGGGACGUAAAGUUUACGCCGUUGGAAACAAAAAUUAG